AUGGCAACUCGUGAUAUAAUUGGACCAAUUGCAUUAUUAAUUGAAUCAUUAGAAAAUUUAUUUCAUGGUAUCAUUAAAGUAGUUGAUGAACAAUAUACAACAAAAUCAAAUAUUGAUUUUACUGACAAUGAAUCAAAAUGUUUAUUUCGAAUACUUAGAGGACCAACACCACUCAUUGUUUGUUUUCAUUUAACAAUCAUUUUGUUCAAUGCAAUUUGUAUUGUAUUUGGAUUAAUUUAUCGUGGAGAAUAUUUUAUGAAAUGUAAUAUGUUCAUAUUGACUUCCUUGUUAAUUGUUGAUGCUUCAGUCUUUCUAACAUUGAUUUAUAAGGAUUCAAAAUUAAAUAUCGAAAUAUUUCUAAAUGAAUUACAAAAAGUUCAAUCUCAUUAUUUGGGUGCUGAAACAAAUAAUUUCCCUACAUUAUUAUUCAAUUAUAUUCAUCAACAUUUUCAUUGUUGCGGUAUUCAUAACUACACUGAAUGGUUAAAUCCAGAUUUACAAUGGAAGAGAAAUGUGACUUAUGAAAAUAAAACAUAUCAAAUACAAAUACCGAUUAGUUGUUGUCCUAAUCUUACGAAUGAUCGAUUACCGCGUUGUGCACAAUCAAACCCAAAUUAUCCACCUUUCAAUCAAGGUUGCAGUGAAUUACUGAUGAAUUAUCCUAUUUUCGAGACAACACGUAUUUCUGAACGAUUUUAUACAUUGGUAUACUUUGUCGCUCAUAUUAUAACAAUUAGUUUAUUCAUUGUCAAAACAACUUUACUUAAACAAAAACGUGAAAUUCUAUUUCUUUAUCAUGAAGGAAAAAUUUGUACAGAAUAUGAUCAUGAAUUAUGUGUGAAUAAUUUGAAUAUGAUGAUGAUUGUUGACAAUGAAAGCAGUGGCAAUAAUAAUAAUAAUCGUAAUAAUAAUAAUAAUAACAAUCAGAAUAUUUUAAUUGAUGGUUUAACUGAAAGAUCAAUCAUUGGUAAUAAUGAUAUGGUCCGUGAAUUCGGUGAUGAAUCGAUUAGACCAGAUAAAAGUGACAGUCAUUUCUAUUGAUAAAAAUAUUGUGUUGUAAAUGAAAUUCAAGAAUCAAUAAUAAAUGAAAAAAAAAAUUAUACAUUGACUAUUGAAUGAUAUCAAUUUUUGUGGGGUCUUUUUUUAAUUUAUUCCCAAA